UGCAUGCGACCCGUCCGGGGCGGCCCGUAGUUUUUCCGUCCGUCUUCGGGCGGCGCGUUCAGUUGGUUGCACUUGCCUACACUAGUCUGUAGUCCAUGGGCAUGGUAGUCGGCCGAACCCUUUCCGACACGAGAGUAGUCUACAUGGUCUACGACUGGUGACUGUUGGUGUGUAGUCGUGCCCGUGUGGCCGUGUCCGCUUUCUAGUUUCAUGCGGGACAUGACAAGGCCUGUGGUAGCUGCCCCUGUCAACGCCUCCACUCGACACGGAAAGGUUUGGUCACUGGUCAGCAGGUCCGGCUGUGCAAGACGCUCGUCAAUGCGACUCAGCCGACGUCGGCCACACUAAACUAGAGAGUGCAGUCGAAAAUGGCAGCUGCUCGGCGGAAUCAGAGAGACAAUGACGACUCGACGGUGAUAUACGACAUCGGACAAGUGCGCCAGGUUGCCGUGUAUGAAGAUCGUCGCUAUGCCUACGAGCGAACGGGCCGGGCAGGCGCGGAGCAGGAAGGGACUUCCCCUAAGCCAGCCGCGACAGCUGGAGCGGAGCAUGUGGAAAACACCCCGGCAUCACACAGUCCGGAACGACCUGCAGUGGCCGACGCGGAUGUUUACCAGGUGGUGGACUUGGAGAUGGUUAACGAAUGCCGUACAGAUACGGACGAGGCAGCCGAUGCUACUGUUGCCAAUGCUGACGUUACAAGCGACCAGCUGCAGCCACAUACCCAAGGUGCUCUUGUAAAGUCGCCAUCGACAAUGGAGCUGCUCGACGCCGCGGACAACGAGGAACCGGCGGUGGGGUACGAGAACCCGGAAGCUUUGCCACUGCCGCAGUCACAGCACCGUCGUGCAGCGCCUCCCCGGCCAAGCGGGCCACCUCAGGUGUUGAUCAGCACGCCAUCGUUGUCAUCAACGACGCGGCCAGCGCGCCCCGUGCGUCCACCUGCCUGGCGGCCUAGCUCUGAACUCCACACCGCCGUGGUAGUGCAAGAAGAGGAAGCCGAGACGACUCGUCCGGACGCCAACUUGACUCAGAAACGGCCGUCAACCCACCAUGCCUGGUCGUACCUGGCCUGCCUGAUCUGCUUUCCGAUGGGUGUAGCAUCAUGGAUGAAAGCAGAAGAGAGUCGAAAGAUGCUGAUCGAACGUAACUUCUUCAAGGCAAGGACUGCCGGCGACGAUGCCAAGGGCCUGUCCCAGUUAGGCAUUGGUUUGUUUGUUUCUCUCGUCAUCAUCUUCAUCCUGUGGUACUUCACGACGACCUCUAAAGUCGGCUCCCUGUAAACGAACCACUGUUUACCACUGUGACUGUCUCGGUGGUUGCGUCGUUCACGAGAACCAGGGAGUAGUAAAAUUACUACUUCCUGACGAGAACAAACUUGUACAGUCGAUGCAAGCGAAUCCCGGCAUCGUUAGAUCCAUGAGGUUUACCUGCCUGGGUGAUGGGGUUCAAGGCUUGUCUAUCACGCAUUCCGCAUUGAAUGCAGCUCUAGUGCCAGUUGAUUUGUUGGCAUGUUCGGGCAUUGACCACAUAGUUCCUUGCUUGCUUGGGCUUUUUUUUUAAAUUGCUGCAAGACUCUAUCACAGAAUGAGUGUCUUAUCUAUAAUGAUUUGCCACUCCACAGAUCCAGAUUUUGAACUGUCGCAUGUCAAAUAUAUUCCUUCAAAUAUUCAUUUUAGAACUAGACUGGCAGCCUCACUUCCCGAUCUCGGAGUCACGAACCCGGAGCCUGGAACCCGGAGCCAAUGACGCACUAGAGUGCCUUCUCAGGUUGUUCUUUGCAGCUGACGGACAACAUAGCAAGUGCCCGAAUUUGGCCCGGUUGCCAUGCCACGUAUAUAUCCAGUCACUAGUUAAUAGUUAUAGCCAACAACUGCCGAAAUUCCUACAUUGAAUGUUUCCGGAAUGACGCUACUACAGAUCGUUAGUCGAAAGGACGCUAAGGGCGGCACGGUACUAGCUGACUACAGAGCCGGACUCUGGAGGUAGCAAGUCGCGCUCCUAUCAUUGUCGCUGCCACGGCUGUUGAUGCCAGCAGAUGUCAAAUAGCCGAGUACUGUACAAGCAGAAAUAUUCGUCUGGAAUUUAAUUUCGUCUUUUUCGUCCAAGGAGCUUUUGGACUAAAUUAAAUGCCGGACUAAAAUUGAUUUGUCCAGCUUUUCAAUACACUCUUAUGAUCCAUGGACGAAAUUUACAACCGGACGAACUCCCUUUCUUUGGAGUUGGACGAAAUUAUUGACCGACGAAAUUUUUUGCUUAUAUAGUACAUGUACAUUGUACCGGUACUAGGCGGUAGAUGUACACUAGCUAUUAUCUAAUGAUGGCCAACACUCCAUUAUCAAUUUUUAUGUUCUACUACUGGACUGUCGUGUAGGAAACUCAGAAUAACGGGAACCCAUUUUAGGCCGGCUGGUGCAUUUAAUGUUUCCAUGGUUUCACACCAUAAUUAUUUGUAUGAUUUAGUGCUGAGAGCAUUUAUGUGUCACA